CCCCUUUCCUAGCCCUAGCUAUGAACAUAUUGCUUUGUCCUAUCCCGCUUGAAUCUUGUUGGAAAGGAAAGAGACACGUUCUCUCCGAUCCCCGCGCGUGCGCGUAUCUAUCUGGCCAUGGGUCUGAAGAUGGCUGAAUUCGAACCGCUUCCAGUCUCCGAGUUAUUCUCCGUUAAACCCGAUCUUGCGCCCCACGACUGCCCGUUUGUUCCAUAUUGGGCUCGCUCUCACGUGCAGUGUGCACAGAACCUUCUCCCUUCCUCCAACGAGCCUAUCGAAUACGACGACGACGACGAGGACUUUCAGGAUAAUUGCUUCUUCUUCCCCGAGGACUGCUCCUAUACCCCACCUAAGGACUGGGUCGUAGAGACUCAACGGCAAUCCGUGAAGAACACAAAAGAGAACCAGGUCGAAAUAAAUACAUCGGCUAUUCACAGCGCCACCGACACAAUGCUCCCCGAAUUACCUGAUAUCAAGAUGCUGGACUCAGAGGCGCUGGGCGACCUUCUAGAGGAUAAUCUCUGCCCGCCGGAGAUCACAACAAUGCUCGUCUUCUCAACCAAUGGCGCAGUCUUUGCCUAUGCUUCCUCCCUCCCAUCCCGUCAACUUCGGAAUCUCAGUGCAACUUACGGUGCCGCAUACACAUGUUACGCCAAGACCGCCUCCAGUGGAAACCUCACUGGUGUGAACCCCGCCAGUCAUCCCUCAUCCUACGUAACGGCCCAAUCGAUGUCGUUAGGCGACGUGGGCUCCAUUGUCUUCGAACUUGAUGACUCUGUGGCGGUAGUAACUCGCCUCGCCGACAAGGUUCUCCUCGCCGCCAUCGGCCCAAACAAAAUCGAUCAGACCACACCAAAAGGAGCCGAUCCUGACUAUCUAACUGAAGGUGGGGCCUCGGCAGAUCCAUCCGUCGGGAAUGGUGCCACGUCAGAUGGGUCUCAAGGUGAUGGGCAGCGUACACCAACUGCAGCAUCGCCGUCUCCGAAUCCCCCCGCACGAAAUGGCACUCUCGAUGCCCAACACGAGAUCGACCGCAGUGCGGAUCUUGCACGUCUCGCCAGUCUGAAUCUCUCUGCUUCCCCCUCCGUACUGUUGGCAUUGGAAUCAAAAUGUGCUGCGCUGGGUCGAUUCCUUGGACAGAAGUUGCACGAUUUGGAGAGUCCUGAGGAUUUCUGAGGGGACUAUCACGGGUUGCAGAUGGUGGCAGGCUGCUCUUGGAACCUGCUGCGGGGUACAUUCGAUCUGCAGAGUACUGCGAUCCGAAUAAAUGUUUACACUAGUGUAUUACAUAUAUGACCUUAUGACGAAUUUGGGUGUUCCUUGUUAGCAAUCUUAGCAAGCGGAAGGUCUCUUGGACCAAGUUAUUCAAAAUCAAUUUGUUGUAUCACUCGUCCA